UCUUAUCUCGCAUAUAAGCCGUCUUUUGGACCUGAUAACAUUUCGGGAAAACACAGAAGAGGAAAGAGCGGAUAAUCUAUGUGCUUUAUUAUUGACUGACUCUUACACUCGGUGCACGAGGGCCUUUCUUAUCGCCGUCAUCAUCUCUGAAGAGGGAGGACAAAUAUCUACACUUCUAGCACGAUCUUAUCAACAAAACAAUCUAUUGUCUGCGCGCCGGGGGGUCACACGGCUCAUCUUGCAAGAGAUUUUUAGCCUUAAAUCAGAAUCUUUCAGAGUUGCAGAGUUUGCUUUAAUAACCUAAUCUUACAUUUUGACGACUCUUAAGAUAACCAGUAAUUUUGCUUAAUUGCAGGGCUACAUGUGGGUCUUUGAACUGAUAGUUAGGCUAACUUGUGUGCCCAAAAAGUAAACAGCAAAUUGUCUGACGGCAACUAGCCGAUAUUAAUGGUUGGGAGGACCAAUUAAAAUGUUUUGUGUCCAAAACCAAAGAGAAGAAAAUAGUUAAUUUGUAAUUCUAUAAAAUACAAGAAAUCCUUUGAGAUUACCUGUGCCUGAACAGAUUCAAGUCAUUCCGCUCGAGCCAAGCAGAUGUGUUGAUCUCAACAUGACAGAUGGUAUUUGGGAUAGAAUAGGCUCUGGUAAAUCACAAAACAGACUGAAAAUGAUGCUGAGUCCAGACCAGACUGACUCGGACCUCGCAUGGGGUCAGUCCGACCCAGAGUCAGUGCUGAAUGACAUCAAGGUUGGAUGCCUGUCCGACGAGCCCAUGGAGGGGGAGGGGAAGACGAGGUCGCUGGCCCCCCCGGCCCUCAGCAGGGAGGAGAAAAGGAGGAGAAGGCGCGCCACAGCAAAGUACCGCUCGGCCCACGCCACGCGCGAGAGGAUCCGCGUGGAAGCUUUCAAUGUUGCCUUCGCUGAACUGAGGAAAUUGCUGCCGACUCUGCCACCUGAUAAGAAGUUGUCCAAGAUUGAGAUUCUGAGACUUGCAAUAUGUUAUAUCUCUUACCUAAAUCACGUUUUAGACGUGUAGCCUAUAGUUAAAAAGCAGAAGUUAUCUGGUGCCAGACCGAAACAUGAGUGUUACAUUUUAGACAAAUGGAAGUUGUCAUAAGGAAAACGAGAUGAUGCUGACUAAAUCUGAUCUGGCGAGAUCAGUUUUUUUUCCUGAGGCACUGAAAAGCAUCAACUCUCGAAUUCGCAUGACAACCGAGCAGACAAUGCAACAAGCGCUGAGUCGUUUGAGUUAGCCUAUACGAUGCAAUAAUUUGACACAUGGGACAUAUUUAGAACACACGAUAAGCAUACAUGUUUAGUGUCCACCAACCCGAAAAAUAGCACUCAGUUGUAGGCCAAUGGAUAAUUUGAUGAAAUGUCACCCCCCAUUGUUUUGGGGAAAUUAGGCUUUUUUUUCGUUAUGAAGUGACUGUGGGUACCCAGAUGAACGAGAGAAAAGGAUGUAAACAAAAUGAUAGCUGCUCUAUAGAAAUAGUUUAGAUGAUGUUUCCUAAAGGAAAAAAAUAUUCAAUGCAUAAGUGCCACUUAUGACACAUGAAAUUGUGACUUUAAUCAUUCUUUUAAUUGUCUAUUGAAUUAUUUAUUUAAAUGUGUUAAUAACGAAGCUUAUCUAAUUUAUUUUAUGUUCAUAAUAGGCAAACGUAUUUUGUAAAAAUGUCCAUUGUUUGUAUUAUUGUAUGCUUAUAUAUUUUAGGCUGUGACGUUUAACUUCGAAAGUGAUUGUGUUGCUCUUAAAAUGGCACUUUCUGUUAGCCUAUUUAUUUUUACUCUGUUCAUUUAGUAUGUUAAAUUUCAUGUCACUUAUAUUGUCUAUCAAUGGCGACGAUGAGCACUUCAUAUGGGGUUAAACCCAUUAAACAUUAAGUUCCCUGCGUGUUACAAAGGGAAGUUGCAGCAGGCCCACAAAACAGUAAACAAAAAGAUGACCGAAAUUGUAAAAUAUUUCACACUCAAUUUCAAAUGCGAAUGAUUCUAAGAUAUUAAAUUAGACAUUAGCCAAAAUAUAAUUUGAUUGACAGAGAAUGACAGAUAAUGCCUCCAUGGUGAAAGGCGAUCAAUUUACAAUUCUGAAGCAAACUUCCUUUGCUGUGACCAAAAAUCAUUUCAAAAUAGUCAGAUAUGUUUUUUUUAAAUGUUUUGAUUUAGUCUACCUAAAGCUAGUCGUUCAUUUAUUUAUGUAUUUGUCUCUGUUUUGUAUUUGAAAAUACAAUAAGUACUUUUAUAGCGAAGAAAAACAUAUCCUCUAUCCAAAGAUUUUUUGUCUCUUCAGGGUUGUGUACUUGUUGCUUUAUGCAGAUAUUUUGUAGUAGAGUUAUUGUGACCGCUGGUUUAUAAUGAACGCAUUUUUCAUAUUUUCCGGUGUUUUUUUAAUUAAAAUUGAAAAACAAA